AUGAACAAGCAGCAGCAGCAGCUUUUCAUGGAGAAAUCAUCCGUUGCAGGAAAAUGCCAUAAACAACUUGGGUUUGCACUAAUCACUUCGUUUCUUUCGUUCUUCGUAUUGAUUUUAUUCAACUUUUCGGAUCUAAGUGCGGGAAGAAAUAAUACUCGUGGAAUCACCUUUCUCAUCAACAACUUUGGCAAUGUUAUUUUCAACCAACGACCUCAUUCUUCCUCUCUUCCUCUCAAUGGAACGCUUAAUGCCACAAACUCUAGUACUACCACUACUACUACUCACGCACAAUCUUCCGGCCGCGUGACAAAAGCGCCAGUACAACCAAUAUCUGAUGAGAUUGAGAAGAAUAACGCUGGUUUCGAUUCUGAUUCGUGCUCGGGGAGGUAUGUUUAUGUUUAUGAUCUUCCUAAGAGGUUCAACCAGGACCUGCUCAAGAAUUGCCAUUCACUUAUGAAAUGGACCGAUAUGUGCCCCCACUUAUCAAACAUGGGACUUGGUCCUAAAAUUCACAGUUCUACGGGAAAACUAGUGGGAAAUGGUUGGUUUGCUACAAACCAGUUUUCUUUGGGAGUUAUUUUCCAUAACAGGAUGAAGCAGUACCGGUGUUUAACCAAUGAUUCGUCCUUGGCCUCUGCGGUUUUUGUACCCUUUUAUGCCGGCCUUGAUGUGGGACGAUACCUCUGGGACUGCAACACGUCGGUGAGAGAUGCUUCUCCUCUCGAAUUGGUGAAGUGGCUUUCGCGUAGACCCGAAUGGAAAACAAUGUGGGGGAGAGACCAUUUCAUAGUCGGAGGGAGGAUUGGUUGGGAUUUCAGGAGGAAAACAGACGACGACUCUGACUGGGGUUCCAAGCUUAUGCUUUUGCCUGAAACCAAGAACAUGACGAUGUUGUCGAUUGAGGCGAGCUGUUGGAACAAUGACCACGCGAUACCAUAUCCGACAUACUUCCAUCCCUCAAAGGACAGCGAAGUGUUUGAGUGGCAGAGAAGAAUGAGGAAGCGAAAAAGGCGGCAUCUCUUCUCUUUUGCCGGUGCUCCGAGACCUGAUCUCAAAAUCCGGGAUUUGAUCAUAGAUCAAUGCAAGUCUUCGUCCAAAUGCAAACUUGUUGGUUGUUACAAAGGUGCAAUUAGGUGUGAUGACCCCCUAAAUGUGAUGGAGGCGUUCCAAGGGUCCGUGUUUUGCCUGCAGCCUCCGGGGGACUCGUACACUCGGCGAUCAACAUUUGAUUCCAUCUUGGCAGGCUGCAUUCCAGUUUUCUUCCGUCCGGGUUCGGCUUAUGCACAGUACUUGUGGCACUUCCCCAACGACCCAUCUAAAUACUCCGUGUUCAUAUCAGAAAACGAUAUCAAGGAUAAAAAGGCAAUCAUCAACAAGAUGUUGCUUCGAAUUCCGAAGCAUCAGGUGGCGGCAAUGAGAGAGGAAGUCAUAAGAUUGAUUCCGAAAGUAAUAUAUGCAGAUCCAAGGGCACCUAGAUUAAACACAGUUGAAGAUGCAUUUGACAUAGCAGUAAAAGGAGUGCUUGACAAAGUAGACAAAACUAGGAAGGACAUGAAAGAGGGCAAAGAUCCUGGCAAUGCUUUCUGGGAAAUAAACCCUGCAAAAUUCGACAUGCCUAAGCUCGCGAAAGAGGGAGAGAAAAAUACAAACAGAAGUAUAACGAGUGUUUAG